GUACAUAUAGAGGGGCGAGAGGGCGCGGCUUGUCCAGACGCUCUUUGUCCUGACAACGACGAUGACGGCGACGACGACGACGGCGGCAGCGGCCACGAUGUCGCCCAAGUUCCUGUUCCUUCUUGGAUCUCUCUUUCUGUUUGCCGGAACGCAGGUCAGAGCACAAGACGAGGAAGGGGCUGAUGGAAUUGACGCAAAUGCCGAGGAAUUAUGCCAGGACAGGCCAGGAGACGAAUACUUCCGGUUGAACGUCGAAGGAGACUGCCGUGACGUCGUGAGAUGCGACAAAGCGAGCGAGAUCGGGGUGACCAGAUUGGCGACCGUGCGAUGCCCAACAGGUCUGGCAUUCGACAUCGAGCGUCAAACGUGCGACUGGAAAACGAACGUGAAGAACUGCGACCAACUCGAGAAGCCGCGUAAGGUGUUGCCCAUCCUGAGGACCGACGAACCAGUCUGCCCCGAAGGGAAAUUGUCGUGCGGUAACGGCGAGUGCGUGGACAAGGAGCUCUUCUGCAACGGUAAACCCGACUGCAAGGACGAAUCCGACGAGAAUGCGUGCACUGUGGAAACCGAUCCAAAUCGCGCGCCAGACUGCGAUCCAACGCAAUGCGUGCUCCCCGACUGCUAUUGUUCCGCCGAUGGAACCAGGAUCCCCGGAAACAUCGAGCCGUCCCAGGUACCCCAAAUGAUCACGAUCACAUUCAACGGAGCCGUGAACGUAGAUAACAUCGACUUGUACGAAGAGAUCUUCAACGGCCAACGUCAAAACCCUAACGGAUGCCAGAUCAGAGGCACGUUCUUCGUCUCUCAUAAAUACACAAAUUACUCCGCCGUUCAAGACCUUCACCGUCGUGGUCACGAAAUCGCGGUGUUCUCUUUGACCCACAAAGACGACCCACAAUAUUGGACCCAGGGAACCUACGACGACUGGCUGGCAGAGAUGGCUGGAGCUAGACUCAUCAUAGAACGUUUCGCAAACAUCACCGACGGUUCUAUCAUCGGAAUGAGGGCUCCGUAUCUUCGCGUGGGCGGUAACAAACAAUUCGAAAUGAUGGCUGACCAAUUCUUCGUCUACGACGCCUCCAUCACGGCUUCGUUGGGUCGUGUACCCAUCUGGCCGUACACUUUGUACUUCAGAAUGCCGCACAAAUGCAAUGGAAACGGUGGAAACUGUCCAUCGAGAUCGCAUCCUGUUUGGGAGAUGGUGAUGAACGAAUUGGACAGAAGAGACGAUCCCACUUUCGACGAGUCUCUGCCUGGUUGUCACAUGGUGGACUCUUGCUCGAACAUUCAGACUGGAGAACAAUUCGCCAGGCUCCUCAGACACAACUUUAACAGGCACUUCAACAGCAACAGGGCACCGCUUGGCCUUCACUUCCAUGCCUCGUGGUUGAAGAGCAAGAAGGAGUAUAGGGAGGAAUUGAUCAAGUUCAUCGAGGAGAUGUUGGCCAGGAGCGACGUGUAUUUCGUUACCAUGGUUCAGGUAAUCAAGUGGAUGCAAACUCCGACAGAACUCUCGGCACUGAGGGACUUCCAGGAUUGGAAAGAAACCUGCGACGAGAAGGGCCAGCCCUACUGUUCUCUCCCUAAUGCCUGUCCCUUGACUACCAGAGAACUUCCUGGCGAAACUCUUCGCUUGUUCACCUGCAUGGAGUGCCCCAAUUAUUACCCGUGGCUGCUCGAUCCUACUGGCGACGGUUUCACCGCCAACAAAUGAGCACUUCAUGGUAGAGAUCUAUAGAUCGUGUGGCGCGUGUUCCUAAGAGAAACCACGCUAAAGUAACGCAUCAAAAGGUUUUUCCUUGGAGAACACGCGUCGAACCGUCGCGCGGAAAACGUGUCGCGAACGGAAAUGAGAAAUCUCUUACCAUAAUCGACUUGACGUUGUCUGGUCGAUUUCAAUUUUGAAACGAGAAACAAGUGCAGUAGGAUUCUGAUGUAUUUUAUUGUAUGCAGAUAUGUUAGAAAUUCUUCGUGAGUUGAGAUAUUUUUUCUUUUUAUUGUGAUAUUAUUGGAACAGAAUUUUAUAAGUGGGAUCAUUUUUUAAAUUAUCAUUUUUGUGAGAUUCUUGAGUCGCAUUCGUGUUAUUGUGGCAGAAGAGUAUCGUAGGUCUGAGCUCCCCUAGCAAACGUUCGCGAAACGUUUCUGUGGUCGAUUAUGGUGAUCGAAAGAAAUGAAAAGAGAACGAAGGAGUUGUUUUUGCACAGAGGAACAAGUUCUUCGAUUAAGCUUAUUCAUCUUUGUACAUAACCACCGUAUCCUUGCCCUUCCGAUCCUUAUCCCUUUCUUCUGCGGAGCGUUGUACGUACCGAUCCAUCGAUCGGUAUCGUCACAGCGCGCCGAACCGUGUACACAGUACACUUGGUUAACGUUAGUGCUUAAGAGACGCGUGAGAGUAAUUAAGUAAUUCUUAGAGUCUUUAUUAAAGUAUUUCACAAUAAACGUUGUACGAAACUGA